AAUUCGUUGAGAGAAAUAAAUUAAAAGGAAGGAAAGAGGGAGAGAGAGAGAGAGAUUGCUUUUAUUGGCCCCAUUUAGCAAAUUUCUGGGCAUUAAAGGACCUUCCUUUCCUCAGCUGCAUAAAGGGUCACUUCAUGCUCUUCGCUCCCUCACUCCCAAACUCUCCGUCUCUCUCUCUGUUCCUCUCACUCUUUUUCUUUUUCACUUCGUGUGAGUACCGAGAAGUAGUCUCUCUGCUUCCUGAGGGGGUCUAUCAGAACAUUUAUCCGAUAAAUCAGACCGACAUUGCCAUUCCUUCACUUCAAUCACUUUACCUUUUUUCUUUUUGCUGGGGCUCUUUUUUGUGUUCAAACGUUCGAAGCAAAGAAUAAUCCCCAUUAGCACUAUUUCAUCCCACAUUUCUGAUUCCCCAUUACAAACUCAAAGACUGUCCAAACGCUCUCUGUUUCCUAAUACUUGGCAUUCCUGGGAAGUUUCGGUCACAUUACGGAGAGGCUCGCGAGGCUCACCAUUUCGAUGGCUCCUCUGCUUCUGGUGCUGGUUCUGUGCAUACCCACCAUGGUUCUUGGUGGUCAUGACUAUGGGCAAGCUCUGAGCAAGAGCAUCCUCUUCUUUGAAGCUCAGAGGUCUGGCCAUCUCCCCAGGAACCAGAGGGUCUCCUGGAGGGCCAACUCUGGCCUUAACGAUGGCAAAGCCAGCGGAGUGGAUCUGGUGGGAGGGUAUUAUGAUGCAGGGGACAACGUGAAGUUUGGGCUGCCAAUGGCGUUCACAGUGACGAUGAUGUCGUGGAGCAUACUGGAGUAUGGGAAGCAGAUGGCCAAGAGCGGCGAGCUUGGCCACGCCAUGGAGGCCGUCAAAUGGGGCACCGACUACUUCAUCAAGGCCCAUCCUCAUCCCUAUGUCCUCUAUGGAGAGGUGGGGGAUGGAAACAGCGACCACUACUGCUGGCAGAGGCCCGAGGACAUGACCACCGACAGGAGGGCGUACCGGAUCGACCCGAGCAACCCCGGGUCGGACCUCGCCGGGGAGACCGCCGCCGCCAUGGCCGCCGCCUCCCUCGUCUUCCGCCGCCACGACCCCGCCUACUCUGCCGAGCUCCUCCGCCAUGCCCAACAGCUAUUUGAGUUUGCGGACAAAUACAGAGGGAAAUACGACGACAGCAUCACCCUGGCCCAGAAGUACUAUCGAUCAGUCAGUGGUUACAACGAUGAGCUGUUGUGGGCAGCUGCGUGGCUGUUCCGGGCAACAAACAAUCAAUAUUACUUGGAGUACCUGGGCAAGAAUGGCGACUCCCUUGGUGGGACAGGAUGGGCCAUGACUGAAUUCAGCUGGGAUGUCAAGUAUGCCGGUGUUCAGACGCUUGUGUCGAAGAUUCUGAUGCAAGGGAGAGCAGGUCACUAUGCACCGGUAUUCGAGAGGUACCAGCAGAAGGCGGAGUACUUUAUGUGCUCGUGCCUCGGCAGAGGGACUAGGAAUGUCCAGAGGACACCCGGCGGUCUCAUGUUCCGCCAGCGGGGGAACAACUUACAGUUCGUCACCAGUGCCUCAUUCCUGAUGACUGUCUAUUCCGAUUACCUCGCGUCUUCUAGAAGGAACUUGCACUGCUCCUCGGGUGCCAUCGCUCCUUCUGCGCUCUUCUCGUUCGCAAAAUCACAGGUGGACUAUAUUCUUGGGGACAACCCAAGAGCAACAAGUUACAUGGUGGGGUAUGGAACCAACCACCCGAGGCAAGUCCACCACCGGGCUUCUUCGAUCGUCUCUUUUAAGGUCAACCCCACAUUCGUGAGCUGCCGAGGAGGCUAUGCAACCUGGUUCAGCAGAAAGGCCGGCAAUCCGAAUCUCCUGACUGGUGCAAUAGUCGGCGGACCUGAUGCCUAUGACAAUUUUGUAGACCAGAGGAACAACUACGAGCAAACCGAGCCAGCCACAUACAACAAUGCACCUCUCCUCGGCGUGCUUGCAAGGCUAAGUGGAGGCCACGGCGGAUAUAACCAGCUUCUUCCAGUUGAGCUUCCUGCCCUAAAACCGAUUGUUUCGCGACCAAAUCCAGUCCCAGGUAAUUGAAUUGUCUAUAAAUCCAAUAACACAUUUCUUCUUUUCUGGUGGGAAUGUCUACAUCUUAGAUCCGACUUAUAUCAUUGAUACUAAUAGGAACAGAACCAUUAUAUCAUUUGAUUCGUCCAUCCUAGAAAAAAAGAGAUAAGCAAAAGCUUUACAUUAGUGUGCAAAAAUGGUGAUGACUGGAUGAGACAUCAAUACUCUAAGUU